AUGUCAGCUAUAAGUUUUGUGUUUAGAAGAUUUUGGAACAGUGAGACUGGUCCUAGAACAGUUCACUUCUGGGCUCCUACAUUAAAAUGGGGUUUGGUUAUAGCAGGGUUAAGUGAUUUAAAAAGACCAGUUGAAAAACUAUCGGGUACUCAAUCACUAUCGCUGUUUGCCACUGGUUCAAUUUGGACUCGUUGGUCUUUUGUUAUUAAACCAAGAAAUUAUUUAUUGGCCUCAGUCAAUUUCUUCUUAGCAUGUACUGCUAGUGCCCAAAUUAUGAGAAUGCUUAAUUAUAGAAUCGAGAAUGGUGACACUUGGAAGCAAGCAUGUCAAUAUUUAAUUACUUCAAAGCCUGCUAGUGAUAAUAAAAAACCGGUCGUAGAGAAGCAUGCAGCUUUGACUUAG